AAAUAAAAAAAAAAUCUCCCAUUCUGGAUUCCGGACCCAAACGCACCCUAACCCCCUUCAUUUCGUGCCCUUUUUGGCGGUUUUGAGCCUUUCGGUUUCGAACAUUCGCACGAAAAUUUCUGACGCCCCUCUUUCUCUCGCCGAGUCACUCCAAGCUUCGUCUCCGAGAGAUCGCAGAUCGGCGUCGUUCAGCUCCCCUAGGUUUUCCGAUGCUCGUUCACCAGGGAUCAACCUUAGAAACCGUAGCAUGAAAUGGAUCAUGAAGCACACUUGCGCAACAAGUUUGUCGACAUGAAAUCCCAAAGGGUGAAAGUGGAAGAUUCAUUUGCUCCUGCACUGGAUGAUGAAACCGAAACAAUUGAGCACUUGCUUGCAGAACCUAAAACUGAAUGUGUUACAGUAGAUGGUGUCUUAUGUUUUGGCAAGGAGAAUGCAGAAAAAUGCUUAAACUUUGAUGAUUUUUCUUCUGGAUUUGACUAUGGACUAAAUACAUAUACUGGUGGGCGGCAUUCUGCUCACCCUCGUGGGCCGCGUUCUGCUCAUCCUCGCCAAGGAGACUAUGAAUUAGAACUUGGAGUUCUUGAUGGAUUGCUGGAUGAAGUUGAAGAAGUGGAGGAUAUUCAUGCAACAAAUGGUCUUGCAAGUCCAUGUGAUGAUUUUCUUCUAGAUAUUGGAUUUACGGGGAAGGUUUCUGAACUGGAAUUUGGUCCUUGUGAAAGAUCACAUCUUGGAAACUCUGAAAGUCGGUCUCCAGGGUUAAGUGGCAGUAGUAAUAGUGCAGUAGGGGUUUCAGAAUCGUCAACAGUGACAAUUCAAGAAUUUGAGUGCAAAAAUCAUUCUUGUCCCAAGGAAUCACCUCAUAAGUUGCCUGGUGACUUCAGGCGGAAAAAGAGACGUCAGGCACCAGUUGAAGGAAGUACCUGCCCUAGUUCAUUCAGUUUACAAAAUCUUGAAGAGUUAGAUAAUAAUCAGAAACCUUUAGUAAGUGGAUUAUUGUCCAGUGAAAAUGAGAAGAGCUCCGUUGAAGCAAACAAAAUUGGUGCUAUUAUUAAGAAGAAAAGACUGCCUAAGACUACUCGGAGACUCGUUGAAGAUUCUUCAAAAAGGAAAGCAAAAGAUUUAAUGGGAAGUGAAAAUAUUUCUCAUCUUGCUGCUACAGAUGAUCAGUGCUUGAAGGCUAGAUCUCAGAAUAAACUUCAUCAUACAAGACCUAUGACAUUGUCGUCAGUUCCUGAGGAGGAUUCAAUUUCAGAUAAUCUGACGCUGUCUGAAUUCAAGAUUCGGGUAGCACGUCCAAAGAAGCAGGCAAUUCGGACUGAAUUUCAACCCAUUACAUCUGAUUCUGAAGAUGAAAUUGUGAGAGUGACGAUAUCCGAAAAGCAUGAUCGAAGGAAGGAUCAACCGAUUAAAUCCAAGUCUGACAAUGAAACGGCGAUCACGAAGAUAUCCAAAAAGCAUGAUCGAAGGAAGGAUCAACAUAUUAAAUCUGAGUCUGAAGAUGAAACUGUGACAAGGAGAAGAUCUACAAGGCAUAAUCGAAGGAAGCAUCAGCCUAUUAACUCCGAGUCAGAAGAUGAGAUUGUGAGAAAGAAAAGAUCUAAAAAGCAUGAUCGAAGGAAGCAUCAAAGGAUGUGGGAUGUCUCUGAGGUGAUGGCAUUGAUUGAUGGUAUUUCUGAAUAUGGAGUUGGACAAUGGACACGCAUAAAGAGGCUUCUAUUUACAUCUUCUGCUUAUCGCACACCAAUAGAUCUCAGGGACAAAUGGAGAAAUCUUCUGAGAAGUAGCUGUCGAAGGAAACUGAAGAAAGAGGUUGAGGAAAACGAGGAGAAUGACAUGCAUUUACCGAAGUCACUGAUAUACCGUGUCCGUGAGCUGGCAAAGAAACAUCCAUAUCCAAGGCAGCGUGGUAAAAAGUGUUCCCCUGCCAUACUCCCUGCUGAAAGCAAAGGUGCUUCAUCUGACCUUAUCAUUAAGUAUGUGAGAAGGAAGAACCGUUCUUGAAGUUCAAUGUUGCAGCAACUCGAUAGUCAGGACUGUACUUUACAUGUAAAAAGUGUGUUGGUAUUAACAAGAUUAACACCCGGUUCUUGGAUCCCCGGAAAAAAUGAUUACUGAAUGUGGGCCGAAUUUUCUUUUGUAAUCUUUUCGAGAUAAUUAGAUAUUGUGUCAGACAAGAGGGAGUUAUAUUUGGCAUUAAUGCAUACCUUUUUAGGAAUUUACUAA